CUUGCAUAUAAUCAAAUGACAUUUCUUAGAAGAGCAGGGUGUUGCAUAUUGAAAAAAUAUAUUAUUAUUAUUUUAGGAGAAAAACAUAAACUACAGAAAACAAUUUUAUUUUUAAUUUAUUACAUCGUCAGACGUGUUUUUAAUUAUUUACUAGGCUUUAUAGUUAUAAUCUAUGACAUCUUUAAAUCCCGAUUUGUCAUUACCUACCUGUCGCGUUUGUUUACAAAACAAUCAAGAUGAAGAAAUGUCUUCGAUUUUUGAUGUGGACGCGGACUUUGAUGAUCUGCAUAUCUAUGAAAAAAUUGAACAAUGCGCUGGUAUUAAGAUAAUACGACAUGAUAAAAUACCCACCUUAAUAUGCGGUGACUGCUAUGGAUUCUUAAAAGUUUCUUAUAAAUUUCGUACCAUUUGUCGCAAUUCUAAUGAUUAUUUAAAAGAAUUUGUUGUUAGUGGCAAGUCAAGUCCUCUACUACCAGAGGAAUCUUCGCUCCAUGAUAAUCCACUUCUAAUUCAGCAAAAGGCCACUAAAAAGAGAGGGAAACGAACACAGUAUAAAACAAGAAGAAAGGAAAGGAUUUUAUCGCCUGUGGAAGAGAUCAUAAAAAGUGAACAUGAAUUAGUGGUAAAAGAUGAAAACGAUUUUGCCCCAAAUACCAUAGAUUUCGAAGACUUAAACGCAAGAGAUAGUGUUGGUGAUGGUGAAAUUGAACAUUUAGAUGAAGAAAAUAAUGAAGUAUGGUUAGAUCCAGAUUACCAAGAUGAUGAUGAUGACUUUGAUGUUUCAAUCGGUUCGUUAGAAUUAGAUGUCAAAGAGGAAGUCGAUGAAUUAGAGGAAACUACUAAAAAGCGAACUAAGAGUAGUAAGAAAACAAAAAAGGCGGGGACAAAGCCAUCAAAGACUCUGGAUAUUUCUUCAGAUGGUGCUGCAAUUAUACGUGAGAAAAAACCCCGAGCAAAAAGAGUAAAAAGAGAAAGGCAACCGCAUAUUUGCGAUAUUUGUGGAAAUAAAUAUCCACGACGUUACGCUUUAGAAAUGCACAUGAGAAGACAUCGUGAUGAGAAACCAUACGCAUGCGAAAUUUGUACCUACGCCUUUCACAGUAAUUUUGAAUUGAUACGUCAUAUGAGAAAACACACUGGAUCUCGGCCUUAUAAGUGCAGUUAUUGUCCUCGAGCAUUUGGCGAUCAAUCUACUUUAAUAAAACAUGAAAGAAUACAUCGCAAUGAAAGACCCUUCAAGUGUGAUACAUGUGGAAAAACGUUUACCUAUUCUAAUGUCCUGAAAUAUCACAUAUUGACACAUACUGGAGAAAAACCAUACGCUUGUGAAAUCUGUGGAAAAACUUUUACAAGAACUCAUCAUUUACGAGCUCAUUUGGAAACUUUACAACAUCAAAAUGAUCCCAAAGCCAAAAUGCAAUUGGCAAAUAUUAGAAAAAAUAAUAUAAGUCAAUAAAAUGUUUGUAAUAUAAAAUAAUGACUUCAACACAGAAUACAAGACAGUAUGCUAAAGAUUCAAUCAGCGAUUAAGGAGUUGUAUCUCUUGAAAUCCUAUGCCUGGUACGUGAAAACUUUGAUGUUUUCAUAUAAAUACCUAUGUUUGUACACAUUAUUACGCCUUUUGUGUUUGAUCUGCAUUUCACUUUCAAGUGAAAAUAAAAUUAUCUCCAUCAAAUAAAUGGUAAAUAAAUGUCGGAACAUAUUGUAAUUCUA